CUGUAAUUUAUCGGUGAUAUUUUGAUUUGAUUUCCGUGUAUGUGGCGAUCUCUAACAGUAGUGAUUUUAUUUAAACAUUAUGGGUGAUUCACCUAUACAGAGGUCAAUAGCGGAGUCUCCAGACUCAGAUAUUUCACAAGGAAAACGACAUGAGGUUGGCUCCCGACUGUCAGGAAAAGUUACAUUUCCAAACUCCGUUAAAUCAGCAUCUAGUGACCAUUCAUCAGUUAAACAAGAUGCAGCUCAUUCUGGCAAUCCAUUUGUCAUGCCACAUGACAGUGACAUUUUCAUGCUGCGAGAUAAAGAGAGGAAGAAAAAGAAACUGGAGCGAGAACGACAGAGACAGUUGAAAGUUCACGAAAAGACGACGUACGCAACUCAGGUGAAUUGUCGGACAGCUCAGAUGAUCCGCCCAGCCGAUUCUGAUGAGGAUGAGGAAGAGGAGGAAACAGACAAGGCUGUCGCCGUCAAGGACGACCCACAGUUCACCAUCGCAGUCACACGCGAUAGACAUGUAGAGAAGGAAUCUCUAGCCGAGUAUAUUUCCAAGAAGAGAGAGAUGUUCCUAGUCCAGUAUUCUCUUGGAGUGAAGCGUGACGAGAUGAGAAAACUGGAGGAGAUUGCCCAGGCGGAGGAGAGAAAGCUUGAACUGGCUGAACAAUAUCUUGAGGAAGAUGCCGCCAUGUUUGAUGAGUUUCUCAAAGAAAACGACAAAAACUCUGUCGAGGCAAUCAAAAUAGCUGAACAGGAGACGAAGAUGAAGCUGGAGAAGGUUGCGGAGAUCAAGCGGAUCAAUGCGCAGAUGAUGGCCAUCAAGUCUGAGAUCAACAAGUACGAGGACACGCUCAAGGAAUACCAGCUGUACAAGAAAUUCCUCGAUGCCCUCACACCACAGGAAUAUCGAGCAGAAAAAGACGAAUUGAAAAGAAAGAGAAGGGAAGAAAGGAGGAAAGAACGAGAGAAGAAUUUAAUAAAUCAGAAGAAAAGUUCAGCCUCCGAUGGUUCAGACAAGCCAGGUAGCAAGGGGAGAAAACUAUCAAAGAAGCAGUCUGCCAAAUCAAAAGUGAUCAGUCUGACAGAAGAUGGCCUGUCUUCCUCCACAGAGUGUUCUGAUGACGACAGUGAUGAAGACGUGGAUCUGUAUUUCACUGACCCCCAGGAGCUACUGAAUAUUUUUGCUGAACUGGAGGAACAGAACUUGUCUCUGAUUCAAAACAGUCAGGAGACCGAGGAGGCCCUCGAAGACAUGAAACAAAAUAUAAAACAAACCAAGAUGAAAAUGGAAAAAGAAACACAAAUUUUACGAGAGCAGAUUGACAAACUGAAAAAGGCAAUCGCUAGAGAAGAGGAGAAAGCAGCAGACUUACAAAUAAAAGCCAAAAUGUUCAACUACGGAGAGUUCAAGGCUGAGGACCAGGACAAGAUGUUGAAUGCUCUCAACAAGAAAGUGGAGGAGGUGUACCGGAGCUGUAUCGGGGACAACGAGGCUAACAUCAACACCCUCCAGAUGCUGACGAAUAUAGAGAACAGGCUGGAGGAGUUGUUUGAGCAGAUAGAAACGAUGCCGCAAGACAAAGUGGAGGCCGCUGAACGGGCGAAGGAGAAGGAGCGUCGACUGAAGAUGAGAGAGGAGAAACUGGAGCUACAGAGGAUCCACCAGGAGGAGAGAGUCAGACGGGCACUCGAGAGAGCCAAGGCCGACCCCAAGAAAAAGACUGGCAAGAAACUUGUGUUCCGAUCUCAGCCGCCAAUGUUAAAGAAGAAACAGGACGAUGGGGCGGACCAGGCCUCGAAAGAGGAAGAAGAACUCGCCUAUUUCUUUCAGUGGUAGCUACAGAUGUGGACGUCUUGUGUACAGUGUCAUGUAUUUAUAUAUGUUGAUCAGUGUUAUUGUUGACAUAAAACAUCUUAUUACCUCAAGGACGUUUUGUUGUGGACAGUGUCGAGGAAUCAGUUUUAGAAAUGAAUAUGGUGUUCUGAUACACACUGAACACUAGAACUGAAAGCAGUUGGUCAAUGGGCCUGCAUGUCAUUAAGUCGGUGGUUGUGCUGGGCACACAACUCAUCUGUCUGGACUGUCUAAUGGUUACUGAAAAAAAGAAGUCACUAUUGUUGCCCAACAUCUCCCUACAGAAUUGUUAAAUCUCGCUCCAUGUGGGAACCACUACCGAGAUGUGAACACUGGACCAAGCAGCCCGAGGUCUGGUACCUUAAUCACUACAAUCCUCACAAAUUGAGAACAAUGCUUAGGUGAAAUGGAUUUUGUAAUUAUAACCUGGGUACUUGCCAAAAUGUAUUAAAAAAUAAUAAAUUUACGCUUUUAAUGGAGAACUCCGACCGUAGAACUGGUACCCAGGACAGAUAUGAACACAUUUCUGGGACAGAAAAAUUGAUCAUUUGGCGUUGCCACUGUGCAGCUUUGUAAUGAACUGUCUCCCUUGUCAAUGUAGCAAGAAAAGGGGUAUUGUUCCUUCAAAGUUUAAUUAAUAAACAGGCUAGCAUUUGUUUGCUUGGUUAUAUAAAAUAAUAUGACAAACCUGUGUGUCAUUUCUUGGAAUAACUUAAGAAAAGAAACAAAAAAAAAAUCAAGAAAUGCAAUUUUACCUAAAUAAAUGUAUUCAAUACACAAAACGCCAAGUCA